CUCAACAUAACGGUGUCAGUUGCACAAAUCUUGAAACCAAAAUGAAGACUUUCGCAACUCUUCUCCUCGUCUUUGCCUUGGCAGCUUAUGUGUCUGCCUUUGAAAGGCCAUUCCACACAGCCGUGUUUGAUUUCUUGGACGAGCGACAUGACGAGAGAAUGGCUCAGGUUGUGAGAGAUCAAGGCUUACCGAAAAACACUCUGGUUGCCCGUGAACACAAAGAACCACCAGAGUGGAUUAAACCUUGCAUUGCUAAAGGAAAACAGUGCUGGACUCAAGCCGAACAUAACGUCUGUUCAAAGCUGUGCUGUAUUGACAGAUUCAUUUUCUGCACCCUCGAAAGCCAUCCCGGUCCACUGCCCGAACUUUCUCCUGUUCAGAAAGCCUGUGUGGUGCUGCUUCAUCUGUGCAGAAAACACAGUCCAACAUGUGCAGGGGAAAUGUGCUGCUUUGUUCGAAUCAAGAGGUGCUUCGAUGCAGACAAGGGAAAGCCUGACGAACCCGAAGAAGGCUAUCGCCGCUGAAUCCUAAGGAAAAUGUUACUUUGUUUCUAUGACAACAAAUAGUGAGAUAUCGAUCAAGAUGAUGUGCAAUCAGGCUCCUUAUUUUUCUUCAUAUAUUAUAUUAAUGUAUUUAAGCAGGCUUGUUGUAGUCGCUAUUAAACAAAAAGUCCAUGACUUUUCUUGAGUGA